AUGUCCAAAUGGACACUGCUUCUCUCUUUUCAGUUAUGCUACGUUGCUGUGGCGCAAUAUCUGCAGGAUUACAUUGAUCAACAGAUCCCCAAUCCGAAUGGUGCCGGCACGGUCCAAGCAUAUUUCUACCAGGCCACGUACAACGAUGUUCCCGAGCAGGUGAUCGACCUGGGCCACGAAAGCGUGUGGCUGGUCUACAACUGCCACUACAUGAAGGACAUCUGCAAAAACGCCUACAAUUUCGAAAACACACCACGCGGCAUAUAUCCGCAUCCGAAGAGCGAUAUAGCACAGCACGUCUACGGUUACGAUUUCAACAGCGGCAGAGAAAGCACCACGCAUGCCUCUCAGAGAAGAAAGCAGUCGUGCCCACGCUCUUGGAAAACCUCGCACAAGUGCCCAGAAGCGGACCAGCGGACAGUCAUGCGACACGACGGUCCCUGGCUUACUACCGAGCUCGAGCCAGGGACUAGAGUCAAUCAAAUCAUGAAUAGACCAGCGACUCCUCUCAGCGCUGCCGAAGACUCCAAGGUAAGGUACACUUGCGAUGAAUUUCCCCCCGCUACGUGGGUGGAGGGCGGAAAUGGUCUGGAUGGAAACACGCCAGCGCAGACACGCUGCGCCGCUAUGCGAUGCCGCGAAGGUUGCAAGGCCGAGCAAGACUCGUCUUCCCACGGAGCGCUGCGCAGAGAGCUGCAGAGAUUGGUUGAACAGAGGGCCACUGAAUUCCAUUGGUUCGACGAGAAAAAGAGUGUCGUAUUGUUCUUUUUCACCAUGACCAAUGUGCCUGAUAAUGUUGCAUCCCGGGUCUGGAGCUAUAGUGCUGUGGACCACUCGAACCCUGAUCGGAACAUUCCGAUUUCACAAGGCUUGAGCCGUCGUGACUUGUUUGGUUUCGAGGGCGCCAAUUCAACCCGCGGAAUGCGUCGCUGGCCGAAAGUUACUUACGAGGAGAUCAAAGCACACAUCGAAGCUGGACUGGGACACGAGACGGUCGUCCCAGCCAAUGACACCGCCACCUGGACUGGUCUUGCAGGUUUCACCACGAUGCCAGAGUUGGGGCUGAACAGCAGCCUUAGGUGGCAGGAUGAUGACCUCGAAAGGAGAGAGGAACAUCGCCAGAGCCGUGGUCACGGUCACGGUCACGGUCACGGUCAUGCACUGGGUGAAAGGUUCUCCAAGAAGGCUUCUCAUCCGAGCAUCACGCCGCUUUUGAAAAGGGCCACCGAUCAAGAUAUUUCCAGUGCGCGGAAGAUCGUGAAGGACGCCAUCCUCAAAUCUUCCCGGCUCAACAAGGCUCGUUUGGCUCAAUCUCGACGCAACCACCGCGGCCCCAAUGCGGGAAGCAAAGCCAACCGCAUCGCGACAGGGAAUUCGACAAGCAACUCUCCCCCUCUGUUGAAGAUCACAGAUGAGAUCGCCAAAGCCGCUGCCCUCGUCGCCGAAGCAGACGGCGCCGUAGCGGUCGGAAAUAUGACUAGGCGAGCCGUGGCAGCUUCCGGGUCAUACUGGAUGGGAAGCCUUGGGCGCAAGGGUACUGUCCCCUGGGGCAAUGAUCCUAACUACAAAGUCUUCCGGAAUGUUCUCGAUUAUGGAGCCGUUGGUGACGGUGUCACUUUCCCCCCGGGCACGUAUCUCAUUUCCUCGACGAUACCGCUGCCCUUUGGAACACAGGUCAUCGGCGAUGCCAUCGACCGGACAACACUGCUGGCUGCCGCAAGCUUCGUUGGGCUCGGCGUUCUGUCAACUGACGAGUACACUGGUCAUUCCGAUCCCAACGGCUCCGACCAAGAGUGGUUUAUAAACACCGCCAACUUCUACCGCCAAAUCCGCAACGUCAUCAUAGAUAUCAGACGGUGUCAAGGGCCUCAAACGUGCGCAGGUCUGCACUACCAGGUCGCACAGGCGACCAGCACGCAGAACCUCGAAAUCAUCGCUGCACCUGGAUCGUCGCAGAUAGGAAUUUUUGCCGAGAACGGCAGCGGAGGCCAAAUCAGUGACGUCGUAUUCCGCGGUGGAGCCAUUGGGCUUUACGGCGGCGAACAGCAGUUCACGGCCCAGAGGCUCACAUUCGACGGCUGCACGACCGGCGUCCAAGUCAUCUGGGACUGGGGCUGGGUCUGGAAAUCCGUAACCAUGACCAACGUCGAUGUUGGUUUCAAACUCGUCUCUGAUAACGGUGCAGGAAACAUCGGCUCCGUCACUAUCAUGGACUCGUCUUUCAGCAACGUUGGCACUGCCGCCGUCAUCAUCACGCCUCCUUCUAGCAGGCCCGCCACAGGCAGUACCGGGAUCGUUCUCGACAAAGUAUCCUUUUCAGGCGUGGCUGCCGCCGUCAAAGACACAAGCGGAGCAGUCCUUCUGGAUAAAUCGACGGCGAAGGUAGACCAGUGGACCCUCGGCCCCAUCUAUGAAGGUUCGACCACAGCACGUAGCUACUCCCAAGGUAGCAAGAUCGGACACUUUAAGCGGCACUCGACCCUUCUCGAUGCUAACGGGAUGUACUUUGAGCGUCCCAAGCCGCAGUAUGACGACCGCAGCGUCGGCGACUUCAUCCACCUCAAAGACCUCGGUGCGGCAGGCGACGGGGUGACUGAUGACACGGCGGCAGUCCAGUUGGCCCUGUACGCAGCCCAAGGCAAGAUUCUCUUCGUAGACGCGGGCUCGUACAUCCUGACCUCUACUGUCAUGGUACCGCCGGGGUCCAAGAUCGUGGGUGAGACGUGGUCGCAGUUCGUCGCUUCGGGAUCGUAUUUCCAAGACGCAAACAACCCCAAAGUCAUGAUUCGAGUCGGCAAGGAAGGCGAUGUCGGUAACGUUGAGAUGCAGGACAUCAUCUUCACAACCCGCGGGCCGACCGCUGGCGCAAUCCUUGUGCAGUGGAACAUUGAGGCUGUUAAUGCUGGGUCGGCCGGAAUGUGGGAUUGUCAUGUCCGCAUUGGCGGUGCCACGGGAACUGAGUUAACGCCCGCCGAGUGCCCGCCCGUGACAAGUAGGACAAAUACCGGAUGUAAUGCUGCCAGCCUGAUGAUGCACCUGACAAAUGAUCCCGAUCUGGAUGAUCCUAGCGAUCCCAUGGUGCAAACGUCUAUAUAUGUGGCACGCGGAUUGUUAGUCGAGAGCACAAAGCCUACCUGGAUGUAUGGAACUGCGUCCGAGCAUGCCGUUUUCUACCAGUACAACUUCCACAAGGCGAAGAACAUCUUCGCCGGCAUGAUACAAACGGAGUCGCCUUACUACCAGCCCACACCACCGCCGCCCGCGCCCUUCGAUGCCGUGGUUGGCAAGUUCGUUGGCGAUCCCAACUACGACUGCGCAGCCGGCGACGACUUCAACGGCUGCGAUGAGUCCUGGGCUGUCAUCAUCCGCGAGUCGCAGAAUAUCUUCGUUGCUGCCGCUGGCCUUUACAGCUGGUUCUCGACCUACACACAGGAUUGCAUCGACCUACAAGCCUGUCAAAAGGCACUUGUGCUCCUCGACUCCAAUGGCGCCAACAUCCGCAUCCAGAACCUCAUCACCAUCGGCGCCAAAUACAUGGCCGUCAUGAAUGGCAAAGGCAUCCUUGCCACGGACAAUCUCAACGUCGACACGCAUCCCGAGUGGUCGCAGGUCUCGGUCCUCGACGUCGCCAGCGACGGCGCACAGUUUGAGGAACUGUCCUGGGUCCACCCCAGCAUCUGGGAUAUGGAGCAGCCAGCCUUCACGUGCUCGCCGCCGUGCCACGUCAAGAUACCGCCGUGGACGGGCGCCACUCGUACCGUCGACUACCCCUUGCUCACCGUCAGCGAGGGGACAUGGACGAGCACCAUCACCAAGGCGCCGCUGACCAUCACGGACCUGAUGUUCGACGUCGUGACCCUGACACAGGGCAGCAGCAGCAACGGAAAGCUCAAACGUCAAGGCUUCGAGGCCUUCAUGCCCACUCCCGCAACCACGCCCUUCUGGCCCUCGGUCGUGUACACGGGCCCGGACGGAAGGCCAACGACAACCGCGCCCACCGUCGCCUUCCCACCACCACCGGCUUCCAUUGGCCCUGGCGCACCUCCCCCAGCAAAGGGAAGUUGGCCCAAACGCGACAUCAUACCGCACAUGGGCGACCAAGAGUCCCCCAUGGUCCCGGAGUGCGCCUACUUCGAUACCCUCUGCUUCGUCGACAAACCGUGGCUGUACGGCGGCAACAACGAGACGGGCUCCGGCUCCGCGGGCGGCUCCUCUUUUGACCCGGACGAUGAAAACUGGGAGGACCUGCAAACCGUAUGUCCGCGCUCGCAAUCAUCCACAUCGACGCGCCCAACUCCCACCAGCAAAAUCCAGGAACCCACCCCGUCCCCUUACGAGCACGGCGACCCCAUGCAAAACGAAGUCCACUGCUACAACAGCGGCGAGACGACGGAGCGCGUGCGCAUGGAAAACGCGGCCAACAGCUUCUGCAAGGGCGUCGGCGAGGCGGGGGACAUUCUGAUCGAGAAUUUCUUCCAAUCGAAUGAGUAUCCGUUUCCUUACAAUGGAGGUAUUGGCACCGUUAAGAUCAAGAUCUCGCUCGAGGUCGCUGAGGGAUGUGUGUGGGCGUACGACUACGACGAGUGCAGGAGGUACUUAAGGGUGCCGACGGAUUCGUGCAACUGCGGAGGCGUCAAUGGGAAGGAGGGUGGGGUUGUAUCGAAUAAUUGUCUUUCGUGGCGGAUUGAUCCGAACCGGCAAUUGUAA